ACGGGCGUUUAAAGCUUACAAAUACAACGUCUCCCCUAUGUCAUGGCCUUAUUGGGGAUAUCUUACACUAGUUUGUCAAAACUCUACUUGUCAUCUUGUUUCAAUUCAAACCCACUAACCCCAUGUGAUCAACCCCGUAAUCUUUCCCUCUAACUCCCCUUGCAUGCCUCUUUUACAAUAAGACCAAGGACAGAGACACACAGACAGACAGCGCCGUAGGCUUUCCUUGGCAGCGACAAGACACUAGAUAGAUGGAUGGAUGGAUAGAAAGAUAGAGAGAGAAAGAGAUUAAGAGAUUAACUUUUGCCUCGGUUACUGGUUCUACACGACCAACACUUUUUGCUUUCCAGAAGUUAUAACUGGUCCAAAACACACCCAGCUGCUAGCGUACACCCCCUUGGCCUUGUGUGUGUUCCAAGCUUUAAGUUAACCCUUUAUUUUAUUGUUUUGAACUCCCUAUAUAAUUCCUUUACUGUGACCCCACAGUUCAUAUCUGAGUGGCCUGCUUGUUUGAAAAAUGGGAGUGAUUGGGUUGUGUCUGUGUGGGAAGAGGAAGCUUAGGAGCAUGUUUUGGAGGGUUAGAGCUGAGAUAAGGAGACAAGUGAAGGGUAGGACAUCCAAGCAGAAGUUUAGCUUCCACUAUGAUCCCUUCAGUUAUGCUCUCAACUUCGACAAUGUAUUGACAGUUCUCGGACCAUAUCUCAGCUGGGGUUUUCCUCUUGUGGAUUUAUUUCUUCCAUGUGUAAUGGGCAAUACGGAACCACAACUUCACUGCACUACUAUAAAUGCUUCAGCACCAGCACUAAUAUCUCUUCCGUUCCUUUUGUCUUGUAAUAUAAGACCGUUUUACUUCGCCAUUGAAUAGGUUAGGGUCUGGGGUAUGAGCCAUCGGUUUUCAUUUGGAACACCCCUCCCACCUUCACACUGCAUAUAUUUCUCUUUCGAACCUUGUUUAAUUGGACCAUUAUUUCUUUCCCAGUUCCAUGUUCUCAUUAAUAUACUAAUGUAAAAAAAAGAUCAUUUGUGUGUAUGAUAAAA